CGCGGCCUCAUAUGAAUCACAUCUGCGCAGACGGCGCGAGUCAGUACUGAGACUUUGAGUGGAGAAUAACGGGACUGCGCAUCACUUUUAACAUCACGACAUUCUUACGUUUGGCGAGGUUGUGGCGAUUUGACGUCGUACUUGGAUUUAUUUAUAUGCAGCUGGCGUUUUUCGGUUCUCAUGGAGCUAAAAACGAUCUUACUUUUGACUUUAGCUGCGCAUACAUGCACUGCAGCCAUCUUUAACGAUAGCUCGAAAGAUGGACCAUCUCGUUCUGAACCCAUUCAACGUAACAUGACCAGAAAUCCCCAAAAAGCGCCCUCUGGACGCAGCUUCGCUGUCUAUGAAACUCAGACCUAUGAGCCAAUCGACUACAUUGAUCCUCCAGAUGAGAAGCCGAACGAUUCCUUCAUUGAUAAAAAUACCCGACAAGGAAGAAGGUAUUCAGGUAUAGCUGUUAGAGUCAAUGGCAACGGUCGACUUCUAUGCAAUGGCAGUAAUCUGACUGCAAUGAAUUGCAACAGGACUAAGAUGUAUUCCAUCUCAGAAGAUGCUGUGCUCUUUCUGAAGGGCCCACUGGUCACACGUGUCAUGCCGUCGUUCUAUAUCCUUAUCUUCAUUAUUGGUUUGCCUCUAAACGCGUUGGCCCUGCUGACGUUCACCUGUAAGAUUAAAGUAAAGAAACCGGCUGUGAUCUACAUGUCAAACCUGGCGUGUGUGGAUCUGCUCUUCACCCUGCUGCUGCCUCUGAAGAUCCACUAUCACCUGAACGGAUCUCAUUGGGUGUUUGGUGAGGCGGCGUGUCGUGUGCUGACCUCUGCUUUCUACUGCUACAUGUACUGCUCCAUACUGCUGAUGAUGUGCAUGAGUGUGGACCGGCUGGUGGCCGUGGUGUUCCCCCUUGCCUCUCUGACCUGGCGGAAAAAGAGUUAUUCUGUGUACGUGUGUGCGCUAGUCUGGGUGCUGGCACUCGCUGGCACUGUGCCACUUCUCUCCGUAACGCAAACGUUCAACAUCAAGCAUUUGGGCGUCACUUGCCACGACGCUUUGCUCUACGAGAACGCUGCAGAUCAGACAUAUGUGUACCAGUUCUCCAUCCUCAUCUGCAUUUACUAUUUUUUACCACUGGUCGUCACUCUGGCGUGCUAUUCUACCAUUAUACAUGUUCUCAGUGCCAAGUCUGGUCGCUUAGCAACAUCAUCAUCAUCAACCUUAAACAAUCGAAGGAGAGCUGUGAUCAUGAUCAUCGCCGUGCUGACAGAGUUUGUGGUUUGUUUUGCACCGACCAAUGGAAUCCUGUUGUAUCACUGUGUUCUUCUGGCCACAGGAGGUGUCGUCGGGGAGGGAAACACAUCAUAUAUGGCUUACAUGUUGGCUCUGUGUGCGGGCAGCUCGAGUGUUUUUCUGGACCCUCUGCUGUACUACUACGGGUCGUCUCAGUGCAGACAGAAAAUCAACUCUUGGUUUUGGUGGAAGAAGAAAAAAAGCUCAUUAUCAAACUCAUACAGUCUGACAAAAUCUUCUCACAUGAGCUGUGAGUACAGCCAAGCUCACAUUAAGGUGUGAAUUGUUUAGAAAUAAGGCUAAGGAAAUACUUUGGAUAUUUUUGUAUACUUUGGAUUAUCCAACAAGAUGCUGAAUUGUAGAUCUGCUUUUAAAUGUAUUCAAAUCAGUUAAAAUCAACACACAUUAAUGAUUUGAAAUGCCAUCUAAAGAAAUUUGCAUUAUUUACAUCAGUUCAGAUUUCAUGCGUAAGCUUUUAUUGUAUAAAGUACCAUGGUGGAAGAAUACACAAUCUCCCAGAAUUCUCUAAAUUACCCCAAAGCCUUUAAAUACACAGUCAGACAACAUAAAGCAGAAUUACAUGAAAACUGCAGGAAACCUUAAAGAUCUUUCUGUUAUUUCCCAUUUAUUUUGACCUUAGUUUUUGAAUAAUUAAAUAUACUAAAUAUUGUCUUAGUGAAAGUGUGCAAAAAGGAUAUUUGAUGCAUCUUUUCCUAGAUUAUAUUUUACAAUAAUAAUAUUAUAUUUUAAUUGAACACACACACAUAUAUAGAGAGGGAGAGAGAGAAAGAGAGGGGAAUAUACAUAUUUGUAUAUACAGUAGAUAGAUAUUUCUGUCACAAUGUCAUUUUAAUGUGCUACUAAGUUAAUGUAAAUCAGACAUUUUUUUAUAACAUUAGAUUUAUUCCUUAUAAAACACAAUGCAAUGUUGGUUAACCUGUCUUGAACGACAGUAUAAUUUAUUCAUGUCUAUUUUCCAACCUUUUUUAAACCUGUUAAAUGCAAUUUUUAGACUUGCAUAUGUAAAUGUUCCGUAAAAAAAUACAAACAAAGAGAAGAAUGAAUAAAGAUAUGAAUGGAUACAAUGGAAUAAAUAUGAAUAAAGAUAGAGAUGCAGUAAAAACUUGUAUAAACCCAAAGAGGCCAGUUUUUUUUUUUGUUUAAAGAAUUAAAAAUGUUAAAAUUAAACUGUUGCUUGGCCUAUAAUAUGUUGAUUUCAAUGUGUAUUAUAGCACACAAACACAUUACAUUGUUAAUUUUAAACAAUAAACUUGGCUUUUACUUGCUUACUGUACAUGUCCACCCAACAAACCUCAAUGACAGAUUUG